UUUUUUUAUCAAAUAAUCAAAAUCGAGAAAAAUUUUGAAAAUUUUUGAUUCAAAAUUUCAAAUUUCAUUGCUAUGAUUUUCCAGUACAAAUCAGAAAAAUGAUUAGUAAAUUCCAAGAGAGUAAAUUUUACCAAACUAUCAACUCGAUAGUAACGAAUCGUGUACUACGCCAAGGUUUACCGAUGUUAAUCCUCGUAGUCGGAGGUUCAUUUGCAUUCACCAUCGUUCAAAAAAUCAAAUUCGACCAUAAACGAAACCAGCAACAAGUCGAACAUCUUAGAUUAUCAGGACUCGAGAAAAGGAUGAAGCCGGUUAGUUUAGAAGAAGAAUACGAGAAACUGCAGAAAGUUGAUACAACGUACCAAAACGUAAGAGGACCCAGACCUUACGAAGAUAACACCGAGUGGGAAGCUCAGAAAGAGCUACAAGAGAAAAGAUUCCAAGAAAAACUCGAACAAAUGAAUAAAUCUAGAUGAACUGUAUUUUUUUUCGAAACUGAACAUGUGUAAAUAAUAAAGAAAGAUAAGUUGUGUAGAAAACGUUUAAUUUAAUAAAUUUUUAAAACAAA